GCUUGCCAUCCAAGUUAGUUUUCACGCGGUAGUGAUUUGGUUCAGUCCGUCGACCCGACGGUCGUAGUGUCUCAAGACCGACGCUCGCGACGCCGGUUCCAAAGCGACGUCCGUCAGUGACCAAGUUUUUCGCGUACCUGGCCACCGACGAUGGUGUUGUUGUGCAACGGGUGUUAGGGAACGCGGCCGCGGAUGCCGUGUAACGUUGACGAUGAUCCUCCUCCGGCAGUGUAAUCGAGAUCAAGCGAUAGAACAGGAGCACCAGGUGUCCUUGGUGGUGGAGACGGAGGAAGAAUCGAGACGGCACGAUGUCCAUGUAUUUCUUCCGUCUUCACAACCUCCGCCGCGCCGAGGAAGACAAGAAGAAGAAGCAACGUCAGAGACGCAACCCCCGAUCGCGUUACUCGAACGCGCUCACCCUUGCGCCCAGUCGACUGUUCGAAAAAACGCCGCUCACACCCUCCGACAGUCUGGACGAAGUCGCUUUACAAAUACCAAGGGUACGAGUUGAAUAUUACGUCAACGAAAACACCCUAAAGGAACGGCUACAAUUAUAUUUUAUAAAAAAUCAACGAUCUAGUCUAAGGAUACGCAUAGUGAAUCUAUUUUUGAAACUUCUUUCCUGCUUUUUGUACAUUAUUCGUGUAGUUAUUGACCAAGAUCCAACCUAUGCUACCUGUUAUGGCUGUACGCCGGGCAAUAAGACUGAGUUUAUAUUGUCAGGAAAUUUGACAGAAGAAAAGUUCCAGGAAAACCCCAUUAUCAAUUGGGAUGCAAUUGUAUGGGUGAAUCGACCAUUCGAAUUAUGGAUAGUACAGGUCCUUCUAGCUGUAAUAAGCCUUACCGAAGCUCUUCUAUUAACUUAUUUAGGAUAUAAGGGAAAUAUUUGGCAACAACUGCUUUCAUUUCACCUAGUUCUUGAACUUGUAAAUACGAUACCUUUUGUUAUAACGAUUUUGUACAUACCGUUUCGAAAUGUAUUCAUUCCGGUUUUUUUGAAUUGCUGGUUAGCGAAGCGUUCCUUAGAGAACAUGUUUAACGAUUUACAUCGAGCAAUGCAGAAAUCGCAGUCGGCGUUGUCCCAGCAGCUUACCAUACUCUCUGUAACGCUUGUUUGCCUUGUUUUUACCAGCGUUUGUGGUAUUCAACAUUUUCAAAGGGCCGGCCACAGGCAUCUCAACCUGUUCCAAUCGACGUACUAUGUCGUCGUUACGUUUUCAACAGUCGGUUAUGGAGAUUUGGUACCCGACAUUUGGCCCUCGCAACUCUACAUGGUGAUAAUGAUAUGCGUGGCGUUAAUGGUCCUCCCUACACAGUUGGAACAAUUGGCUUUCACUUGGAUCGAACGACAGAAACUCGGCGGUUCGUACUCUUCGCAUCGGGCCCAAUCGGAGAAGCAUGUGGUGGUGUGCAGUACGACCCUCCAUGCAGACACGAUCAUGGAUUUCCUCAACGAAUUCUACGCACAUCCGCUCUUACAAGACUACUACGUGGUGCUUUUGUCGCCCAUGGAACUUGACACCACCAUGCGAAUGAUCCUUCAGGUUCCCAUAUGGGCCCAAAGGGUUAUUUAUAUACAGGGAUCUUGUCUGAAAGAUGGCGAUCUUGCACGGGCCAGGAUGAACGAAGCUGAAGCCUGUUUUAUACUGGCUGCAAGAAAUUACGCUGACAAAACUGCUGCGGACGAACACACGAUCCUGCGGUCGUGGGCAGUGAAGGAUUUUGCUCCAAGCGUUGCUCAAUACGUACAAAUUUGUCGACCCGAGAACAAACUUCACGUAAAGUUUGCCGAAUACGUUGUUUGCGAGGACGAAUUUAAAUACGCCCUUUUGGCAAACAACUGCACCUGCCCAGGGGCUUCGACCCUGGUCACUCUCCUUUUGCACACUUCUAGGGGACAAGAAGGGCAACAGUCGCAAGAAGAAUGGCAUCGUCUUUACGGACGAUGUUCGGGUAAUGAAAUUUAUCACAUCGUGCUUGGAGACAGUCGCUUUUUUGGCGAAUAUGAGGGAAAAAGUUUCACCUAUGCCAGUUUUCAUUCUCAUCGAAAGUAUGGUAUUGCUCUUGUGGGUGUCCGUCCUGCCGAACUACCAGAAUUUUACGAAGAUACAAUCCUCCUGAACCCGGGACCUCGGCACAUCAUGAAGAAGACGGACACGUGUUAUUACAUGAGUAUUACAAAAGAAGAAAAUUCAUCAUUCACGGUGGCCAACCAACAGACUCAAGUUCCGCCAGGCGGUGUUGCCAGUUCGGAACCGGUAAUAAUAACAGCUGAAGAAAAACCAAGAGUGACUCCUACCAUUAAAGACGGUACCGCUCCUCCUCCAAUCAUACUGCAAGUUCCCACAUGUGUCACAACAUUUCCUGACCAUGGAGGUCUAGGAGAUUCUCGUCAACAUCUUAGAGAAACAUCCCCUACAACGACUAUCACAACCGGGAACCAUUUGGAUGUGCCGCGACCUGGGGACAACCCAAAUCUCUUGAGUCCCGAAAUGAUCAAUCAGAGACGAAAUUCUAGAAGACCCAGCAUCCUUCCCGUUCCAGAUAAUUUCACAGGUUCGUCGUUUAAUAUCCACCAGGAUCCGGAAGAAGGGGAUGAGAGUGACGACGAGCUGGAAGAUGACGUGCCGUGGAGAUCGCCGAGUGAAAAGAUUGCGUGCAGCAAUGAAUCUCAAGGAAGCACGAAAACUGCAUGGCAUGGAGAUUAUUCGUGCAUCGUUAAGGGUUUUCCACCGGUGUCGCCGUACAUCGGCGUGAGUCCGACCCUGUGCUACCUCUUGAAAGAGAAAAAACCCCUUUGCUGUCUCCAACUGGCGCAAGUCUGCGAACAUUGCAGCUACCGAAAUGCCCGCGACUAUCAGUGGCAGAACAAGACCAUCAUUUUAGCUGCGGACUACGCUUCCAAUGGCAUUUAUAACUUCAUAAUACCGUUGAGAGCGCAUUUUAGAUCGAAGACGUCGCUGAAUCCAAUAAUUCUUCUAUUAGAAAGGCGACCCGACAUCGCCUUCUUAGAUGCAAUAUCCUACUUUCCAUUGGUUUAUUGGAUGCUGGGAUCGAUUGAUAGUCUGGAUGACCUACUUAGGGCGGGCAUCACCCUUGCUGAAAACGUCGUCGUUGUGAACAAAGAACUUUCCAACUCAGCCGAAGAAGACACACUAGCCGACUGCAACACCAUCGUAGCCGUACAAACGAUGUUUAAAUUUUUCCCAAACAUCAAAAGCAUCGCGGAAUUGUCCCAAUCAUCCAACAUGCGAUUCAUGCAGUUCAGGGCUCAUGACAAAUACGCCUUGCACUUGUCGAAAAUGGAAAAGAGAGAGAAAGAACGAGGAUCUCACAUAUCAUACAUGUUUCGGCUACCGUUCGCCGCAGGAAGCGUCUUCAGUGCGAGCAUGCUCGACACCUUGUUAUAUCAAGCAUUCGUGAAAGAUUACGUAAUCACGUUCGUUAGGCUCCUUCUGGGAAUCGACCAAGCACCAGGAUCAGGAUUUCUUACAUCCAUGAAAAUAACGAAGGACGACAUGUGGAUUAGAACGUACGGUCGGCUGUACCAAAAGUUGUGUUCAACCACGUGUGAAAUACCAAUCGGAAUAUAUCGCACUCAGGACACGUCGAUUUCUGAGUCGUCUAAUGUGAGUAUGAGUGGUUGCUCAUCUGCUUGGUCGAUCUGUGUGCGUAUGCCCUCCUCCCAAUCGCUUGACGAGGAUUUCGGGCCUGAUCGCGUAGGGGUCACUUAUAAACCUAAGGAAGGUACUAACUGUCUUGGCUGUGCUGAAACACGACACUCGAUGUACUCCUUGAACAUGGUAGACGAAGCCAAAGAUAAUCACGAGCAGCAAAUCGAGAGGGCAGAAAUAGCCAAUCUAGUUCGAUCGCGAAUGGAAAGUCUGAAUCUUCCUCCAAUGGAUUACAAUGACGUUAGCGAGAAACGAAAUAGUCUUUCUUACGUGAUCAUUAAUCCCAGCUGUGACUUGAAGUUGGAGGAGGGCGAUAUCAUCUAUUUGGUACGGCCUAGUCCAUUUUCCGCACAAAAAACGUUCGAACGUCACAACAGUAGAAGAAAAUCGAACAUCAGCUUCUGCUCCCAAACCCUAAUCCAGCAAAUGGGCGCGUCGACGGGUAGCAGACGGGGUUCAACCCUUGGCCUUGCCAGUUACCAACCACCCCGUCCGCCUCCCUUAGCGUCUACAAAAUCGAACUCCCUGUCCCUCCCCGAUAGUCCAACAGUUGGAGGAUAUCAACGCGGAAGAUCCAACUCCUUGAGGGUAGUGGACGACAUCUUGUUACGCAGAUCUAACUCGUUACGUCAAGGACUUACGAGUUUAGACGUUAGCAGGCGAAAAAGCAGCUUAGAAGACAUCGGACUUUUACACUUUUCUACCAGCAGCUACAGGAACCCCAUUAAAAUAGCACUCAACGAGAGUAUAGGUUUAGAAGUGACUCCCCCCGAGGAAAGCAGUCCGCCUUCGAUCAGUAGUAAUACACAGUUAAUAGUGAGGCCUCCGAGCCUUGGUGCCGGACUCAGUUGUGCCGGGAGUACUUUGAGUUUGUCGCAAAGUGUUUUUUCAACAACUCAACCGUUGAGUUUAGGUAUAAAUCCUCCUCCGACCGUGUACUGCAGCGGAGAGAAUAUAUCGCAACAGGCCGGACUACCGUCAACGACGAACCUCACGGACCCUCAACACCUUCAGGGCACAAUAGUAUGAUACAACCUCAUGUGGGGUAGAAGAAUGAGUGGCUUCAGGAACAAGUGGCUCUAAUUCUCACUCCCACGCGUAGAUUACGUACUUUUCGUUGAUUAUUGUUGUUACCUGUCGCGUUUUAGACGUUUUUGAGCUUUGGACGUAAGAGGAAAAACGAAAGGUAAUGUUUUUAAUUACUUAUUAUUUAAUUUCAACCAAAAAAAAAGAGAGAGAGCAGAAAACCCAGAUGUAAUUUCAAAGGUGUAAGAGAAAAUGAAAACUGCUUUAUGUUUAUUUUUCUUUACAACUCAUUACACAGGAGUGACAGGAAAAUUGAUAUUUUCCAACCCUUAAAAUUUGUUCGUUCAAAAUUAUUGGGUAAUAUCUGUCUUUACGUCAACUACUAUUUUCUAAAUUUUUCG